AUGGCCGACUACUGGCGUCCGGCUCGGAUGAUAACACACUCGGAUGAUAACACAGUACGGCUCUGGGAUCCAGCCACAGGCACUCUACAACAGACGCUUAAGGGCCAUACAGAUCCAGUUAACUCCAUGGUCUUCUCACCCGAUGGCCGACUACUGGCGUCCGGCUCGGAUGAUAACACAGUACGGCUCUGGGAUCCAGUCACAGGCACUCUACAACAGACACUUGAGGGCCAUACAGGUUGGGUUAAGACCAUGGUCUUCUCACCCGAUGGCCGACUACUGGUGUCCGGCUCGGAUGAUAACACAGUGCGGCUCUGGGAUCCAGUUACAGGCACUCUACAACAGACGCUUAAGGGCCAUACAGAUCCAGUUAACUCCAUGGUCUUCUCACCCGAUGGCCGACUACUGGCGUCCGGCUCGGAUGAUAACACAGUACGGCUCUGGGAUCCAGUCACAGGCACUCUACAACAGACACUUGAGGGCCAUACAGGUUGGGUUAAGACCGUGGCUUUCUCACCCGAUGGCCGACUACUGGUGUCCGGCUCGGAUGAUAACACAGUGCGGCUCUGGGAUCCAGUUACAGGCACUCUACAACAGACGCUUAAGGGCCAUACAGAUCCAGUUAACUCCAUGGUCUUCUCACCCGAUGGCCGACUACUGGCGUCCGGCUCGGAUGAUGACACAGUACGGCUCUGGGAUCCAGCCACGGGUGCUCUGCAACAGACGCUUGAGGGCCAUACAGAUCCGGUUGAGUUCGUGACCUUCUCACCCGAUGGCCGGCUGCUGGCGUCCUGCUCGAGCGAUAAGACAAUACGGCUCUGGGAUCCAGCCACAGGCACUCUACAACAGACGCUCGAGGGCCAUACACGUUCGGUUGUGUCCGUGGCCUUCUCAACCAAUGGCCGGCUGCUGGCGUCCGGCUCAAGGGAUAAGAUAAUACGGCUCUGGGAUCCAGCCACAGGCACUCUGCAACAGACACUUAAGGGCCAUAUAAAUUGGGUUAAGACUGUGGCCUUCUCACGCGAUGGCCGGCUACUGGCGUCCGGCUCGCACGAUAACACACGCCUUACCGAGCCCUGGAGUUGCCCUCUAAUCCGCACUCAUUUUCCUGGCUAG